UCUCUCAGCUCACACAAACAAUUAAACAAUUAAACAACCCCCACUAAUAUGUAUACGGGCAUGGACUCCUUGUGGGCGGAGAAGCGCUUUGACGGCGGCGUUCAGCUGCCGGAAAGUCCAAGGUUGCCCAUGGAAUUCCUGUCUAGAUCCUGGAGCGCCUCUGCUCUCCAGAUAUGCAAGGCGCUUUCUCCUUCCACCGCUCCGUCGUCUUCGUCUUUGCUUCCCAAACUCAGUGCGAUGGGCAUUAAUAAUUCCGGCGCCGCCGCGCCGGAAAACGCCUUCUACGACGAGGAGUCGGCGGCGAAACUCUUCGGGAAUAACACGUUCUGCUUUGCUUCUUCCGCAACCUCUCAAAUGGUUCUUGAACGCAUCAUGGCACAAUCCAUGCACAAUGAGCAUGAAAUAUCACCGUUAACUUCCGGAAGGUUGUCUCAUAGCAGUGGACCUCUGAACAGCAACGGUCCUCUUACAGAAGAAACUGAUAGCCCUCCAAUCUCCCCUCAUGAGGAGUACGAAGAUGUUGUUAAGUACUUACGAGCAAACAACAGUCUCCAACCACUAUUCACAACUGUGCGGAACGGCACCGGCGGCAAUGUGGGCGGUGUAGCCGGAGCUCCCGGCGGCAAAACAGUGGGGAAAUGGUUGAAGGAGAAGAGAGAGAAGAAGAAGGAAGAGUGCAGGGCACGAAAUGCGCAGCUCCACGCGGCAGUUUCAGUGGCCGGCGUGGCUGCUUCGGUGGCCGCAAUAGCAACGGCUGCAGCGUCAGCGUCGUCUGCCGGGAAGGAUGAGAUGACAGCACAGACGGACAUGGCCGUCGCUUCGGCAGCAAUGCUGGUGGCGGCGCAAUGCGUUGAGGCUGCAGAAGCCAUGGGAGCUGAACGUGAUCACCUCACGGCGGCGAUCACCUCCGCCGUCAAUGUGCGCUCCCACGGGGAUAUUUCCACUCUUACCGCCGCUGCAGCCACAGCUCUGCGAGGAGCAGCUACAUUGAAGGCAAGGGCACUGAAGGAGGUUUGGAAUAUUGCAACAGUUAUCCCCGUCGAGAAGGGGACUGCAACCGGGGCAGGUAGUAGCAACAGCAGCAACAACAACAACAAUGGUUACUCGGAGGGGUUAGAUGUGGAAGAGAAUUUCUUGGGCGCUUGUAACCAAGAGUUGCUAGCUCGGGGCCGUGAGCUUCUCAAGAGAACACGUGAUGGCGAACUUCACUGGAAAAUCGUUUCUGUUUACAUUCAUCGCAGUGGAGAGGUAGUGCUAAAGAUGAAAAGCAAGUAUAUGGCAAAUACAGUGACCAAAAAGAAGAAGAAUGUGGUUAUAGAGGUUUGCAAGGACAUACCUGCAUGGCCAGGGAGGCACCUGCUAGAGGACGGAGAGCAGCGCAGGUACUUUGGGCUGAGGACUGAGGUGCGCGGGUUGGUAGAGUUCGAAUGCAAGAAUCAGAAAGAGUAUGAUAUGUGGACUCAAGGCAUUUCGAGGCUUCUCUCUAUAGUUGCAGAAAGGAAAAGGAAAUCACAUAGUUAAAUCCUCCUAUUCCUAUCAUAAGAUUCCCAAGUGUAGCAGAAAAGUGCUAGAGAGCAGAAGAUGCAUGUUGGAUAAUGAUCAGGGCAAGCUAUAUAUGUUUAUAGGCAAUGCAUAUGUAAUGUUGUUUGAAACAAUCUGUGAUGUGAUCUAAUCUUUUUCAUGUAAUUUAAUCUGUGCUGCAAAAACUCUUAUCUCUA